AUGGUGCUUUACAAAAGAAAACAAGUGACGUUUGUCAGACCGCCAGACAUCCCCGAUGAUCUAUCGACCGAGGUGUUUUUUAUCCCCGAAUCACGCGAAUGGUUCCUCACCUACGAUCAGUACUUGGCCAGAAUGGACUACUACCAUCGCCGUAAGUUUGUGUGUGAAAUCACCGGCAAUUCCUGUCUAACGUUUUUCGAAGCAUAUGAGAGUGAAACCAGAGAGAUCAAGGGUGUGGAGAAGAAUUUCCCGGAAGCUUUGAGAGAGCACAUCUUGCGCUUUCUCCAGUUCAACAGAAUAACAAGACUCGAUCAGCUCAUUGAUAAGGUGUAUCUGGUUUUCCGCAACGAUUACUUUCCAGGCGAAACCAUCUACAUCAAAACUAGUCACCUGGAGUCGGUCGGCACAUCCCAAUUGGAGGACGACAGCGAUAUUCACCCUGGCUCCAAGCAACGUGGAACCAUUCGUGAGAAGGUGCAGUACGGCAAUUCCGAUAACGUGACAACGAAGUAUCUAGUAGUGAGACUACAUGACAUGCUGCAAUCGAUCGUCACAACCGAUAAGAUCUCCAGAGACCGUAACCAUUUCACAAAAUGGCUUAUUAAAACCUUCAUCAAGUUGACCAUGUCACGCUCCCAUAAAGUAGGAGCUCCUUGGGUGGUCAAAGACAAAUUCGCUAUCAAGUACAGAAUUCCUCAAGAAUAUCCUGAAGAUUUGAAGCAUUUUGCUGAUUCAACUCCAAAUGGGGAUACCUUAUUUGAAGAACCAAAAUCGAAAGGUCGUAAAUCAGUUCAAGCGGCAGCUGCUUCUAAGAAAGUGAAGAAAGCCGAUCCUGCUGCCACCACAAGCAAGGACAAGAACGGGAAUAAAAAGGCACCAAGAGUAGGGCUUCCGCCAGAUCAGCUUGCCAAAAUCCCUGCUGACAGGAGAACAAAAUUCCCCUCACACUUUUUACCAGAAUCGUUGCGCAAAGAGUUGGAACUCGACGACAAUGGCGUUAUUAAUGAAAAGGAAAUCACUGUUGCAAAUUUCAAUGCUCUAACCCUUCUACAACCUUCCAAAAAACACAUUAUUGAUGAUUUGGAGAUCAAAUUCCAUAUACAAAAUACCAAACCUCAACCUAGCACGUUAGAAUUGCCUGAAAAUGCAUUGCUUUGGAACGAACACUUGAUCGAGGAGUAUAAAGAGGAUAUCAAGACGAAUAUUAGUGAGAACAACGAAGAUAGUGCCAAGGUAGAGAAGGUCCAGAAAAUUAAAGAACUUUCAACGAAGAAAUUAUCAGUAGUGCAAGAGGCAUUGCAAUCAUGGAUUUUCCUCAAUGUGUACCACUCAGUGUUAAAACUAGAUACCUUCACCUUUGACGAUUUCAUUUAUUCUAUGGGUUGGAGUUUGGAACAGUUUAAUGAUAUUGGUCGCUGUGAACUCCUAGAUGAAAUUUGGUGCGCUGUUUUGAGUGCUAUUGUCUCCAAUCAUCCGCCAACUAUUCAGCAAUCUAAGUUAGCCAAACAGAACGACACAAUCUUUGGUUUGUUAAUCAAUCUUCCUCCCAAGAAAUCUUUCAUUCAUAAAUCGGAUCAAGUUGGUGAUGGCGAAGAAGAUGAUGAUGUGGAUAGAGGUUCUGAUACAGAUCAAAAUGAUAAAACGUUGAAGAGCGAUGACGAAGAUUCGGGAAAUGAAUCAGGUGGCGAAGAAGGCCCCAAGAAGAAUAAAAUUGGAAGAAAAUCAGAAAAUGAUAACGAAGAAGCAGAUAAAGAAGCAGAAGAUGAAGAUGAGCCAAUGGAAGGUGAUGAUGAGGAUGAGGAGGAUGAGGAUGAGGAGGAAAGCGAAUUUUCUAGUGAAUCGUCAAACGAUCACAAUGCGUACUCCUUGAUCAAUUACCGAAACAUUCCUUGGCAUGAUCGUCUUCGUAAGCGGACAUUUAAAGAUGGCAACUGGCAAAUAAUUUUGCUUGGGGUUCUUUCCAUGGUAGAAUAUAUCCCUGUUUAUAAGCCUGUCAUUGAAGAAGUUUACAAGGUAUUGGCACCGAAAUCAACUUCUCCUUCUCCUGCUGUUGCGGAAUCCCAAUUCUACGAAGAAAUGGAUAUCAAUUUGAAGUUCAAAGUGUUAACCAUUUUGGUUGAAUUAUUGGCCAACGGAACUCUAGUGAGAAAUUAUAUCGAUGAGUGUUUAGAGGAGUCAACGGUUUUGAGAAGAAACAGAUUGGAUAACCUCAAGGAUUACAGAACAAAUUUUGAAGCUGCCCAAAAGUUAAAUGUUCAAAUACAGGAAAUUUUGUCAAAGCAAAAUGAACCUGAAAAAGCUAGUUCAAACUUGUCCAACGGCAAGGAAGAUACGGCAACACCCACUGUCAAAAGGUAUAGGUUGAACUUAAGAGUUGUUGAGAUGAAUGUUGAUGAGAAGGAAAUUGCAUCAAAGAAUCCUGAUUUUAAGAAAGCUUGGGACCAAAGAAAGGACUACUUGGUUAAGCUUGAGGAAUUAAGAAAGGAUAAGAGAGAUAUUGAGAGAAAGUUGACUGAGUUGGACUGUCAGAGAGUCAAGCUUUUAGGUAAGGAUCGUUUAUUUAAUAGGUAUUGGUGGUUCGAGAAUAAUGGUCUUCCUACAUUUUACGGUGGAACAAAUGAUGAUGACGAAAAUGAAGAUGAAGAAAAAGAGAAGGAAAAAAACGAAGAUUCAGCAGAAGUUGAUGACGACGGAGAUGAUGUUCUCGACGAAACCUAUUUAAUGGGCAGAUUAUGGGUUCAAGGACCAUCAAAUGAUGAUUUGAGAAUUCAUUUCGGUAGAACUUUCGAAGAGAGUGAGUUGUACAAUCAGAAGUAUAAUGAGUUAGAAUUCGAAAAUUAUCAACAACAAAAGAUAAAAAGUGAAGAUGCCCAGGAAGAUUCCAAAACUAAAAUCAAAGGAGAACCUUCAGGAGAUUUGAUCAAAGAGUUAGAUUUCAAGAGUCUUCCUGAACCUUUCACAAAGACAGUUUCGGAGCUCUAUGGUGUUUCAUUUGAGAAUAAUGAGAUAUAUCGUUUGAAUGCAGGAACUAAGGAAUUGAUAGUGGAUUGUCAUGGAGCCUUGAAAGCCAAUCAGCUUAUCAAGGAGUUAAGCAAUUUGCAAAGAAAAACCAUAGAAGAGUUUCCUGAUCCUUUAGUCAAUGGUACCAAUUGGAGAUAUUACGAUGAACCUGAGCAAAUAGAUGAAUUAAUCAAUUGGCUCAAUCCAUGGGGUAAGAGAGAAUCUACCUUGAGAAAAGAAUUGGUUUCUGUGAAAGACGUGAUCGUGUCUACCAUGGAAGCAAGAAAGAAGGCAUUAUCCACGAACAGUGCCCAAGAAGAGGAAUUAAAGAUUGAGAAUGAUUUGAGUAAAGUCGAUGCCAGAAUUGAAGCUUUACAAAAGGAUGAUGAGUUCGAUGAUGAUGACACCAUAGCUCCGUCGAGUGUCAAAAAGAGGCAACUUCGUAACAAGAGUGCUCCUAGAAAGCGUCAAAAGCUCACUACUGUGGGAGAAAUCCUUGAAUUGGGAGAACUUGAUGACUUGAAUAAAUUAAAGAAAGAAUUGACUUCAGAAUUGGAAGAGAAGAAAGAAACUCGCGACUUGCAAAGGGUUUUGGAAUGGGUCAACUCUACAGCACUUGAUGAAUUUGACAAGUCCUUGUACGAAGGAGGAGAUAAGUCUAAGGUUAAACACACCAGAGGAAGACCUCCAAAAAAGCGUUAG